AAUAGAAAUAUUCCAGCGGUGGGGAUUUAGGUUCAGUUAAAGGCAGGAAGUCUCGAGUAUCUAUAUUGGUGUUUCUCCGCAGUAAACUUCACAAUGAUAAAGGACUACAAUAGAAAAAGAGGCACUCACACUAAUACUAGGAGAAUGCUUCUCCAGAAAUUAACAAAUGUAUUACUUAUACUGUGCUUUACUUCAUACACCAAUGCUGAACAAACCUGCCCUGAGGUGAAACUGGUGGGUCUGAAUAACCAGGAAAGGCUGACUAUCCUUCAGGGGUGUCCGGGAUUUCCUGGGGUGCCGGGGACCAAUGGCAUUCCGGGGAUCCCGGGCAGUAAAGGGGAACAAGGUUCUGUGGGGGCUAAAGGAGCGAAAGGUGAACCUGGAGCCUUUGGGAAGAUGGGUCCAGUUGGUGACAAAGGAAUGAAAGGUGAACCUGGGCCAAUUGGAAAGGUUACACAAGGAGACAAAGGCGCUAAGAACUGUAAGGAGCUGCUAGAAGAAGGACACACACUGAGUGGCUGGUACACAGUGUACACGGAGAGCAACAAAAGCAUCAGUGUGUACUGUGACAUGGACACAGACGGAGGAGGCUGGCUUGUAUUCCAGAAACGUAUGGAUGGAUCAGUAGACUUCUUUCGGGACUGGAAUUCAUACAAGAGAGGAUUUGGCAGCAAGUUGACAGAGUUUUGGCUGGGGAAUGACAACAUUCAUUUAUUAACAUUAACAGGUUCUCAUGAAUUACGUAUUGAUUUUGAAGACUUUGACAAUGUAAAAACCUUUGCAAAAUACCAGUCAUUUAAAAUCCUGGGGGAAUCUGAGAAGUACAAGCUAGUACUGGGUAAAUUUACAGGUGGUACCGCUGGUGACUCUCUAGGGGGUCAUAACAACAUGCCAUUUUCUACGAAGGAUCAAGACGUGUCUUUGAGUAAGUGCCCUGAGACAUAUAAAGGAGCAUGGUGGUAUAAUGACUGCCAUAGCUCCAACCUAAACGGUCUUUACCUGAAAGGGUCCCAUGUGACCUAUGCAGAUGGAAUCAACUGGUCUUCAGGGAAAGGAUAUAAUUAUUCCUACAAGUACACUGGUAUGAAAAUUAGGCCGAGCUAAUAAAAUAGAUCCAUUCUGUAAAGUAACUACGGAAAUGCUUGCUCUAAAUGAGAUAUUAGUGUAGAGAGCUUCUUACAGUGUGCAUUAGAAAGCUGCAAGUCCUAGCACUGCUUCUGAGAAUUACUCUAUCAUACAUUUACCUGCACCUAAUUUCAAUAAUGUUUUUUGCAUUCAUAAAGCAUUGCUUUCCAGUCUUUGACUUCUGUUGUCAUUCCUGGAUUGUAUAAUCAUAAUAAAUAAUUUAGCAAGCUA